CGGACUGCCUUUUCGAUCUUCCUGCGCUCUCUUCUUCCCCUCCUCUUCCCUUUCGUUCCUUCGUGUCCCCAUGUUGUGUCGUGACGUUCCUCCAUCAUGACCUACGAAAAUGCCAAAGAUGAGUUGAACACGGUCAAUCUGGUCACCCAAUGUCUGUGUAUCCCCAUCUGCUCCAUCUUCGUGAUUCUGCGGUUUGGGAUUCGGAUCUGGUAUAAGCAAUUCGUCUGGGUCGAGGACACGGCCUGUCUGUUGACAUGGCUGCUGUUUAUGGGGUACUGCGGUGUCAGUAUUGUCGUCGGCAAAUAUGGUGGUGGUUACCACAUCACAGACGUUCCUUUGGAUGAUCAGACUCUUUUCCGCAAGUUCGGUUACGUCGCCACCGUCCUGUACUGUCCGAUGGCGCUCCUGUGCAAGGUCGCUCUGCUCUCCAUCCUGACGCGCAUCUUCACCCCCUUCAAAUCCAAAGUCAUCUUCAUCUACUCCUUCCUCGGGUGCCUCUGUGUGUACUACGUCAUCGCCUUGGUCAUCAAGAUCCGCAUGUGUGACCCGGUCCCCGGAUACUGGGACUUGAACAUCAAAUCCCAAUGUCUGGACCAGCGGGCGGCCCUGGUGGCCGAUUCGGUCAUUAGUGUCGUGUCGGAUUUGAUUAUCCUGGUCCUGCCCUUGCCCAUGACUUGGUCGCUGCAGAUGUCGCGCAACAAGAAGCUGCGGGUGACGGGCAUGCUGUCUGCCGGAGGGCUGGCCACCGCGUUCAGUAUCUACCGAUUGGUGCUGGUGAUCAAGGAAGGUGAUUCCUUGGAUCAGACCAUGGUCUUCACCUGCGUCAUUCUGUCCGGAAACGCCGAAGGUGGCGUCGGUCUCAUCUGCGCCUGUCUCCCCACGCUCAACAUCCUGAUGUCGAAGCUACGCAAGGCCGCCUACAGCUCGGGGCACUACUACAAGCAGGACUCGUCCGUGCCGCUGAGCAAGGUCAAGGGCGCUGGCAAGGGUACCUUCUCUGCCGUCGCCUCCAAACACUACCCGGAACCCAACGAAUUCGCCUCCGACCAGAGCCAUCUCAUCUCGUACGCAGGCGCCGUCUCGACCGGGUCUGCCGGUCACGACGGUAUCCACAAGACGGUGGACGUGUCGCAGACGGUGGAGGUCAUGCACGACCAGUCGCCACCACGCAAUGGCCAUCUAUAAAAUCGGUAAUGCACGGAGUACGGGAGGAUUACACUCAUUUUGAUCAUUUCUUUCUAUUUUACUUGUCUUUUUCUAAUCCUACAUUAUACCAAUCUGCCACUUCGUGGUAUGUGCAUUGUCAAUCUUUUUUUGUUCUGGUGUGUAGCGAUUGUCCAUUCUGGCAAGGAUUGGGACGCCAGGGGCCGAUCUGCUCGGCGAACAGAUGACGCUUACGACGGGUUUUGCUUGUUAUUAUAUCAUUUACUUCUAUUUCUCUUUCUGUCUCUGUGAUUUAACUUUGUGUGUUACUCUAUACCCAGGCUGUAUGUUGGUGAUUAGAGAAUUGAAGUGUGAACUCUGGACAA